UUUGUUUCAACUCGUACGAUAUUGCGAAUGUGUAUAUAUUUUUGAAUUUUGACACCUAGUGGGAAGAAGAGGUGCAGGUACAAAAGAGGUGCAGCCCUGGUAGGAACUAUCGAUAGAGUUCGAGCACGGCACAGCUGGCGAACAGUGCUGUGUAGCCCUGCUGAUACAAUUUUACAUUAACUAAGGGAGACCGCGGAGCAGCGGAGCCGUCAUGAAGAUGGGCAUGGGCUACACAGUACUCUCGCGUUUGCGAACUCUGGCACGCUACACAAUCGCCUACGCUUGUAUAACUCAUUGUACGUUUGAGUAUGUGGGGGACUUCGUUUUGUGUAAAGGUCCGUCGAUGGAGCCAACGCUGUUUUCCGAUAAUGUACUGCUAACGGAACGUUUGUCAAAAUAUUGGCGCAAGUAUCAAUCUGGCGAUAUUAUAAUUGCCGUUUCGCCCGUUAAUGCUAGCCAAUAUAUAUGCAAGAGAAUUGUGGCCGUGUCUGGUGAGAAGAUAACUACCCUUAAGCCCACUCCAAUAGAGGCCGAAACGGCGGCAAAGCAGCUGACUGAAGUUAAAAUGGUCACAGAUUAUGUGCCUCAUGGUUGUGUUUGGAUCGAAGGCGAUAAUAAAAGUAAUAGCUCGGAUUCGCGCUAUUAUGGUCCCAUACCGCUCGGUCUAAUACGUAGCCGAGUCGUCUGCCGCAUAUGGCCACUCUCAGAACUAACAGGCCUCUGAUCACCACCUACGGCAAGAGACAAAUUUAUAGUUAUCUCUAAUUUUAUUGUA